GAGCACCGAAGCGGUACUUUUUGAUUUCUCAUGUUUACACCAUCGACAGUGGUUUACACUUAGCAGCCAAAAUAAUUCAGUCUACGGCGGCGCUUGUUUUCGCUCAACCCUUCCCAACCCUUGAUACGGAUUGUUAAAUGUAGUUUAUAAACUCGAGUCAAGUGUCAAACUGAUGUCAUGUUAAUGAUCGUCCAGCUAACGUUACUCACGCAUUUGUCAAAAACAAUACAACUUCUCCAGCAUGAGCACCUCAGGUCCUCCCGGGAAAAAGAAAAGCUACAUGGGGCAGCACCAGAUCAAGAACAAAAAAGGUUUCCAAGCACCUGGUGAGCCACCAGACGGAGACAGGCAGAAAACCCAUCACAUAUCAGGCAAAAUAAACACCAGUAAAGACAGCCGCAUGGAUGGAGGAGCAGUGUUUCCUCUGGGAGAGUCCACAUUAGCUCUCGAUGAGGAGAUGCUGCAGAUGAUCGAAGCUGUAGACCCAGUGAAGCCUGCAGCUAACAAUGUAUGCCCGACAACAGCAGACAGAGCUGCACAUGAAGCAGCACCAUCAUCAUCUGUCUAUGCUGACAAAGCACCUCAGUCCACAGGCCCAGGAGCCCGCAGCACCCAAGACAUAGUCCAUGGGCGUAGUGGUGUUAAUAAGAGACCAGGAUUGAGAUCUGACUGUAAAGACCUUGCACAGAGGCUUCUCUUCAGUGAGGACUCUGAGGAGGCGGAGCAGUCUCAGAGGGGCCCGGAGAACAUCCAGCCAUCAGUAGCCCCGCCCUGCAUUAAUGUUUUAUCCUGUCAAGAAAUAAAAAAAGUUCAGCAAGAAGGCAGCUCUACCAAACAAACACCUACAUCCAGAAGAAAGAGCUCUCCUUGCGGCAUAGACAUAAAUGGGUCAAAUAUGAAUGCUGAUCCACCUCCGAAUGCAUCCAGGGACUACAUCUUGUUCAGCCCCACCCGCCUCACUGCUGCCAUGAAGAGGGCCAAACUCCAGCAGUCAUUACAGAAUCAGUCUGCCUCUGUGCUCACCGUCCCCAGCGGCUUGGACCUCAGCACUCUCAAUGACACUUUACCUCAACUAGGUAUUGCCUUGUGUGUUCCAGCGGGGCAAGCUGAAAAGCUUCUGUUAUCCAGUUGGGGUUUACCAAAACCUGUCCUGGAGCGCUACCAGAAACACGGAGUGACCCACAUGUUUGAAUGGCAGGCUCAGUGUCUCACUGUAGGACAGGUGCUGCAGGGGGGUAACCUGAUAUACUCUGCCCCGACCAGUGCUGGAAAAACUCUGGUGUCAGAGCUGCUGAUGUUGAAGCGUGUGUUGGAGACGAAAAGAAAAGCUCUCUUUAUUCUGCCAUUUGUCUCUGUGGCCAAAGAGAAGAUGCACUACCUGCAGAGUGUAUUUGAGGAGGCGGGAGUUCGUGUGGAGGGAUAUAUGGGCAGCACCUCAGCUGCUGGAGGGUUCACAGCGCUGGAUGUGGCUGUUUGCACCAUAGAAAAAGCCAAUUCUCUCAUUAACAGACUCAUAGAAGAGGACAAUAUGAGUCUAUUAGGUAUGGUGGUGGUGGAUGAGUUGCACAUGGUUGGAGAUUCUGGAAGAGGAUACCUGCUAGAGCUGCUCUUAACCAAAAUCCGCUACAUUGCACAGAAGCAGAACACCACUGGGUCUCUUUCUGAGGGUGUUCAGAUCAUCGGUAUGAGCGCCACCCUGCCUAACCUCUCCCUCCUCGCCAGCUGGUUGGGUGCAGAGCUUUACCAGACUGACUACAGACCCGUACCCCUGCAGGAGCACCUCAAGGUGGGCUGCAACAUCUACGACAAGAGCCUCUCUGUGGUCCGGCAGUUUACCCCUGCACUCCACAUUAAGGGUGAUGACGACCACAUAGUGAGCCUGUGCUAUGAGACUGUGAGAGAGGGCCGCUCUGUGCUGCUGUUCUGCCCCUCAAAGAACUGGUGUGAGAAACUGGCGGACAGCAUCGCCAGAGAAUUCUACAACCUCAGACGCACCGAUCGUCAGGGCGAAUCGGAGCCUCAGCCGGUGUGUUUGGAUCAGAAGGGACUCGUGGAUGUCAUAGCCCAGUUGAGACGAACUCCAGCUGGUUUGGACCCCAUCCUCCAGCGAACUGUGCCGUGGGGGGUGGCCUUCCACCACGCAGGUUUGACAUUUGAUGAGCGCGAUGUGUUGGAGGGAGCGUUUCGCCAGGGCAUGGUCAGAGUCCUGGCUGCCACCUCUACCCUCUCUUCAGGAGUUAAUCUCCCGGCUCGCAGGGUCAUCAUUCGAUCACCUACCUUUAAUGGACACUUGCUGGACCCGCUCACGUACAAACAGAUGGCUGGACGAGCGGGGAGAAAAGGAGUAGACACUAUAGGUGAGAGUGUGUUGGUGUGUAAGGAGGCAGAACGUCAGAAAGGUAUUAGGCUUCUUAAGGGAGCUCUUCAGCCAAUCAGUAGCUGCCUGGUUAGGAGGGAAGGAGAAGGCGUCACCACCAGUAUGCUGCGAGCCAUCUUAGAGAUCAUUGUUGGAGGUGUAGCCAGCACUCCACAGGAUGUGAGGUCAUAUGCUUUGUGCUCACUGCUGGCUGCCAGCACGAAAUCUGACGGCAAAAAGGAAUCAAAUGAAGAGACUAAGAAAGGAGGCAUUGAGGCCUCUGUUGAAUGGCUGAUGGAGAACGAAUUUAUCAGUAUCCAGAAUGAUGGACAAGAGGAGCGCUACUGUCCGACUCAACUUGGUGCUGCCACCCUUUCCUCCUCCCUCUCUCCUCCUGAGGCUCUAGGAAUAUUUGCAGAUCUCCAGAGAGCCAUGAAGGGAUUUGUACUGGAAAAUGAUUUGCACAUUCUGUAUCUGAUUACCCCGUUGUACGCAGAGUGGACUACCAUAGAUUGGUAUCAGUUCUUCUGUCUGUGGGAACAGCUGUCGUCAUCGAUGAAGAGGGUCGCAGAGCUGGUGGGCGUCCAGGAAGGUUUUCUGGCAAGAUCUGUCAGUGGCAAACUCGUCGCCAAGACAGAGAAGCAGCGUAGACAGAUGGCUAUUCAUAAACGGUUUUUCACCACUCUUGUGCUCCAGGAUCUGGUGAGUGAGGUGCCUUUGGGAACAGUGGCAUCCAAAUACAACUGCAACCGUGGGCAGUUACAGUCCCUCCAGCAGUCUGCUUCUACAUAUGCAGGUAUGGUAACAGUGUUCUGCAAGCGUCUGGGCUGGCACAACAUGGAGCUGCUGCUGUCCCAGUACCAGACCAGGCUGAGCUUCGGAGUCCAGAGGGAGCUGGUCGACCUUGUCAGGGUUUCCCUCCUGAACGCAACACGAGCCAGAGCGCUGUACGCACAAGGCCUCUGUACUGUCGCUGAACUAGCCAGGGCUACUGUAGCUGAUGUGGAGAAAGCCCUGAGGAAUGCGGUCCCAUUCAAGAGCUCGAAGCGUGCGGUGGAUGAGAGCGAGGUGGAGGCAGCAGAGAGACGGAGCCUCCGCUGCGUUUGGGUCACUGGUGGUCGGGCCCUGACAGAACAGGAAGCUGCUGUUGAGAUUGUUUCUGAGGCAAGGCUUCUCCUUCAGGAAGACUUGGCCAGGUUAGGAGUUCAGUGGGACCCGACAACACUUCCUCCCGGGGCUCGUGCUGUAAACAGCCCCGAUGACUCAGACACCUCAUCUGCCUCUAAUCUCAGCUCCAAUGAAGCCCGGGUCGACAACAAUAAAGAUCACAGAGAAGGAGACCGGGUCAGGAAAAGUGAGAAUAGAGAUAUUAACCAACAUGGAGAGGAGAAAAAAGAACAGAAACAUGAGGAAGAGGUGUCUGAAAAGAAACUGGAGAAAACAGGAGGGGAAGUCAACAGAGAGCGAGGGAAAUCAAAGCCUGAAAACAGAAAAUUGGAGGAGCACAGAAAAGUAGACAGGACAGAGCCAGAGAGGGGACAAACGGACAAGAAAGUGCAAAUGGAAAGAAGCAAAGAAACACAAAACGACGAGGCAAAUAAAAAAUUAUUAAUGUCAAAUGAUUUAGAAGAUCCAGAUGAAAAAAGAGACACACAAAGUCACACAAGGUCAAAGCAAGCACGGGAACAAUGCAAGAAAGUAGAGCCAAAAGAAGGGGAGACAAGUAAAGGGAUCGUCUCAGUCAGACCAGAGAGUCAUCAAACAAAUGCUCCUGUUCCUGAAAGGAGCCUGACACAGGAAUUAGCUGAAAUUGUAUCCAGCCCGCUGCUUAAACCAGCGCCACGUCCACAGCCCUCUCCUUCCCCAAUGCCUCCGCCUCGGUUUAGAGCUCCGAUAUCUCGAGCAGAACAAGACAGGGCAUCAACAGGAGCUGGUGCCACGGGGCUUGCUGCCUCACCUGUGAAUCCAGGCAGUCUGAAGCACUCGAGAGCCUUAAGUAAAGUCCUCCACUCUAUACAAACUGACAAAAGUAUACAAGAUAAUUUGGAGACUGUGCAGACAUCAAACUCAAAACCCUUGGUGGUUUCUCCAGUGCAAAAUUCAGCCCCUGCAGGCCAGGUGCCAACAACAGUUCAAGUUCCCAGCCCUGUGCAAGAAAACCCUCCCUGUGUUUCUACACCUACUAAUGCAGAAAUGUUAGACUCUCCUCCGAUUGUCUCUCCUGCCUCUAUUCCCUUAUUCUCUCCUGAGGCCAAAAGAAGAAGGAUGGACAGCGGAGAGGCGGAUAAGUUUUCAUCUCCUAAACUGUACGCAGAAAAAGAAGAAGCUAGAGUUAAAAAAGGAGAGGAGAGUUUCGGUGACAGCUUUGAAUUGGACACUCAGACAGAAAGAAUCAUUGCUCAACAGGCAUGUCAACACAGAGAUGGGAAUGAUGGAGGUAUGAGUCAAUCAGUAGAGACAGAGACGAUAAGAGGGGAGCAGAUAGAAGCAGCUGUAGAGAUAAAUAAGGACACAAAUGAGGGAAGUACCAGGCUUGAAGCUCCUGACAAUGCAUGUCCCAGAUUUAAUAUUUCUCUCACAGACAGCCAGAUGGAGCUUAUCCUGGACACCAGCCACCAGAUUUCUCCUGACCCAGGUGGCGAUAAUAUAGUUGAAGAUAAAGAUGAAGAUGCCAAUCAGGCUGCCUCAGAGAGUUUUAACAGAAGCAGCAGCUUCCUGUUCGACAGUCUGUUCGACGGCUCCCUGCUGGCUGGUCUGAGCCCACACCAGAGUCUCAACCAAUCGGAUGAAGAGGAGCCUGCUGGCCAGGAGAUCAGGGACCCUUUUCCAUCGACCCAGGAGCGCAGACGCAGCGAGCUUCUCGCCAAUCAGGAGGCAGAAAAGCAGGAGGCGGUCCAAUGGAGCGAGUCCUCCUUCAACCUGUCAGAGUGGGGCGACUCACUGCUGGUGGGCGAACACUUUCUGGAGAGGCAGAGCUUGCUCAGACACACAGAGAGGGCUCAAGAAGCCGAUCAUGAAGCCCAGCUACCAGACACAGACAAUGUUCUGGCUGAGGGGCAGCUGUCAGAAUCACAGCCUCAACCUGGUCAGAUACAGCCACAACCCACCACUACAACUUCUAAAACUCAAAAAAAGCACGACAAAGAUAAAGACAGCAAUAAUCAAGGCCCUACACACAAUAUUAUACCGGAUAGUAAUGCACAAAGUGACAAUAAAGAAGGCAGGAGACAGGAAACGAUGAGUGAAGAGGGUGAAAAUGCUGUUUCUAAACACCCACAAGUUCAGAAUGCACCUGAAAGCUCUUUCUAUUGCAGCCCUGGUUUGCAAGAGAUCUUUGACCGCUGGCCUAGUAUGUCUGACCAGCCCUGGCAAAACACCACAACAGGCCACACGGCUACUCACACACUCAUGAAUGCUGCAAAUACAACAGAAGAUCCGGAUCUACCUCAGGUGGUUAGAAAAGGGGGAAAGCCAAAUGCUGAAAAUGAUUCUGGAGAGAAAUGUCCCUCAAGACGUGACAGUGAGAACCCAACAGAGAGACCAGAAUCUGCUGGUGAUCUUAUUCCCCCGACUCAGGAAACACCACCUGUCACACCCAGAGUAAAACUGACGACCUCAUCUGUCCAGUCUCCUCUCAUCGCUCAGCCACUCAAGCAGUCGACUCCUUCAACUCUCCUGCCACAGAAACCAGCAACCACAAAAUUUCCCAAAUCUAAUUUAUCAGAAGCUGCUGCUGAUCAGAAACAGCCUAAUCCUACAUCAGAUCGCAGCCGCGAACACCAGCUGGGACAGAACACAAACAUUGUUCCACACUCGAGUUCAAAAACAAAACCGCUGCUGCACAUUGAACAGAAUCUCAGCCCUCCCCGAGACCAUGCUUCUCUGACUUCCCCCCAACCGAGGCUCCCCUCUGAUGCAGAAUCACCUGUGACCGAUGAAGGAUUUACUCUUCAGCUGUCCCAGGAUGCAUCACUCUCUGCCAGCAACUCAGGAACCUUCACCAUCAUAGACGUGGCAAGUGACAGGCACCUCUUUUGCACUUUUAUAAAUGAGUGGAAAACAAAGGAGCGGUUCUCUCUGGCUUUGGCCUGUGAAAAGAGGGAGCACAGAUCACAGCCUGAGGAGGAAAUAGGAGGGAAACAUAAGAGAGCAUCAGCAGCUCAUCAGAAGCUCCACAGGGACGAUGGGUUUCCAGUAAGAGACAGUGAUGGACUUGUGUUGAUUGGACUCUCUGUCUGCUGGGGAGCAAGAGAUGCAUACUACAUGUCUCUGCAGAAAGAGCAGAGCAAAGGCUUGAGCUCCAGCCUGGCCCCUCCUCCAUUGGAUGAAGAUUUGUCGGUAAGUGAGAGGCUUCAGCAGGUGAAGACCUGUCUAAGCAGGUCACCUGCGGGUCAUAGAGGAGGUGUAGUUGUCACGUAUGACAUCAUCCAGGCGUACAAGACGCUAGUCCUGAGCUGUGGCAUCAGCUUGGAGGGAAACUGCGAAGAUCCCAAAGUUGCAUGCUGGCUGAUGGACCCUGGCAGUGAGGAGAGGACUCUGCCCAACAUGGUGACUGUCUACUGUCCUGAAGAUUUACCUCUGCUGGAAGGACUCGGGAACCCGCAUGCACACUGUCCUCGUGUCAGGGCAGCGACCAAGAGCGUGCUCGUACACUCUGUCAUGAAACACCUCACUGGCCUGCUAGAGAAAGACGGCUUGCUUGAUUUUUUUAGGAGCACAGAGAUGCCCUCCCAGGUGUGUUUGGCUCUGUUGGAGUUGAAUGGAGUGGGCUUCAGUGUUGAAGAGUGUGAAAGACAGAAACACGUGAUGCAAGCCAAACUCACAGCGCUGGAGUCUCAGGCUUACACUCUGGCCGGACACAGCUUCUCCCUCACCAGCAUUGACGACAUUGCACAGGUGUUGUUUUUAGAGCUUCACUUGCCUCCAAACGGUGACGUGGGUGGAUCUAAAAGUAAGAAGACUCUUGGCUACACCAGAAGAGGAGGCGGCAGAGUGCGACUUGGAAAGCAGUUCAGCACCACCAAGGAUGUUCUGGAGAAGCUUCGCCCGCUGCACCCAUUGCCAGGUGUGAUUCUGGAGUGGAGGCGGAUCACAAACGCCUUGACUAAAGUGGUGUUCCCUCUGCAGAGGGAGAAGCGGUACCACACCACACUGGCCAUGGACAGAAUCUACCCGAUCGCCCAGACACACACAGCAACAGGUAGAGUGAGCUUCACUGAGCCAAACAUACAGAAUGUACCCAAAGACUUUGAGAUCUACAUGCCCACGGUGGUCGGGGAGAGCCCACCUUCACAAGACGGCUGCCACAUGAACACUAAAACAAGAAAGAAGAGACGGUCUGUGGUGCCUUCAGCUGCAGCUGGCCGUGCAGAACAAGGCCCGGCCUUCUCUGUCAGCAUGAGACAUGCCUUUAUACCUUUUUCAGGUGGGAUGAUUUUGGCAGCUGAUUAUUCUCAGCUGGAGUUGAGAGUUUUGGCUCACCUCUCCAAGGACCAACGCCUUCUGCAGGUGCUGAAUGGAGGAGCAGACGUGUUUCGCUGCAUCGCCGCUGAGUGGAAAAGCAUCGACCCAGAGUCUGUGAAUGACAGCCUCAGACAACAGGCGAAACAGAUUUGCUAUGGCAUUAUCUAUGGGAUGGGGGCCAAGUCUUUGGGGGAGCAAAUGGGAGUGGAGGAGAAUGAUGCAGCCUGCUACAUAGAGAGCUUCAAGGCCAGAUACAAAGGAAUCAAUGUUUUUCUUAAAGAAACUGUGAAGAACUGUAUAAAGAACGGCUAUGUUCAGACUCUGAUGGGCCGCAGAAGAUACCUGCCGGGGAUCACUAAUGCAAAUGUGCACAUCAAAGCACAUGCAGAGCGUCAGGCAGUGAACACGACUGUGCAGGGUUCAGCAGCAGACUUAGUUAAACUUGCCACCGUCAACAUCCAGAAACGACUACAGAAAACAUAUCCUGCUGCUCCACUCUCUCACCAGCACACACACUCAGCCAGCAAGCACCGCAGGGUGGGGACGUCUCACCUCAGAGGAGCCUACUUCGUCCUGCAGCUGCAUGAUGAGCUCAUCUAUGAAACUACAGAGGAAGACCUCAUACAGGUUGCUCAAAUAGUAAAGAUGGAGAUGGAGUCGGCAGUGAAACUGUAUGUAAAACUGAAGGCCAAAGUCAAAGUGGGACCCAGCUGGGGCAACUUGGAGGACUUUGAUAUCUAAUGUGAAUGUUUUGAAGAUUAAUAUAUAAAUGACUUACAUGAACUUAUUGCUUAAGGCUCUGUAAUAUGUUUAUAUGAUUGUAUCAUUUGUACUAAAAAUAUUUUUUAUUCAUUCCAUUCACAAUAAUGAAAUGCAAAAUUAAUACAUGCAUAUGUGCUCUAAAUGAACUGAAUGUAUUAUUUUAUUCACCACUGUAUAGUGUCACAAAUCAUACGUUUUUGUAAAAGUAUAGAACUUUAUUUACUGAUAUCCCAAUAGUUGUCAUGAAAUUUUAUGUAAGAUGAUUGAAUGUAAUAACUUGAAAUGUCCAGUGCAACAUUUUCAUUAUCUAUUAGUGUGCUGGUUUAUUUUGUGAAUUGUUUACACUAUGAAAUGUCAGAAUAUUGUGAAAAUAUUAAUAUCAAUACAACCUCCCAGAGCCCAA